GCACUCUGCUGUGCUGCUUCCUGAUUGUCUGAUGCUUUCAACAUGGCUGGUCAGGAGGACCCGGUGCAGAGAGAGAUCCACCAAGACUGGGCGAAUCGAGAAUACAUUGAAGUUAUAACCAGCAGUAUUAAGAAGAUUGCUGACUUCCUUAAUUCCUUUGACAUGUCCUGCCGAUCUCGCUUGGCCACCCUCAAUGAGAAGCUAACAGCGCUGGAAAGGAGGAUUGAAUACAUUGAAGCAAGAGUAACAAAGGGGGAGACACUGACCUAAACAGCACAAUGCACCAUAAAGCCACUUCCCUCCCUUCAAUCCAACCUCGUUCUCGAUAUAAGUGUGAUGGUUUCCAGAUGUUUUGCUCCUGGAACUGUUUUGACCAUUUUUAUAUUUAACAAGAAAUGUGUAUUUUAUUUUAUUACACAUUUGUGUAAGAACAAUGUUUUUGUUAAGAUGAGUUAACAUGGUGACUUACAAUAUUACAACUGUAUUAACACGCUAAUAACCAUUUGCUAUUGUCUGUGACAUUAAUGAUAAUGGAUUUUAAGAAAACCAUGUUUCUGAGUGCCAAGAUUUAUUUGUUGUGUAGUUUUCAUCCCUGAUAUGGUUUUCCUUGUACAUUGAAUUGGUAAUUGUUGUAAGAAUUAUAUGAUAAUAAAUAUACAAAUUAUUAAUGA